AUGGAUCAUUUAACAGACCUCAACGAUUGGAUAGACAAGCGAGGCCAAUUCAACGACAUCUGCCUGCCCCGGAUUUACUUCAAAGCAGAAACGAAGAUACUGGAAACCCAACUCCAUGUAUUCAGCGACGCCUCCGAACUUGCCUUAGCAUCAGUUGCUUACCUCAGAAUCAGAUACGACGACGACACAACGGAACUCAAGUUCGUCAUUGGAAAAGCCCGAGUAGCACCCAUCAACAGAAUGACAAUUCCAAAUCUCGAGCUUCAAGCCGCCACUAACGGAGCGAAAAUGUCUCGUUUCAUCAAAGAACAACAUGACAUACGAAUCGACAGUACGACACUAUGGACAGAUAGUACAACAGUUCUUCAUUGGAUAAACUCGCCGAAUCAACGACACCGGAUCUUCAUUGCCAACCGCCUGAAUUUCAUCAUGGACUCAACAUCUCCACUGGACUGGAGAUACGUGCCCAGCAAAGACAAUCCUGCAGACGACGGAACACGUGGUUACAAAGCAUGUGACAUGACUACCGAUUCACGAUGGAUCAAAGGACCAGACUUCUUGUUAAGACCAUCAUCAGAUUGGCCUAAUCACCCGACAACACAAUCUACAGCCGAUAUUCAUCUGACAGACAACGACCCACAACAGCCAACAUCAGUAAUCGACUUCAACCGAUUUAGCACUUGGACAAGAGCACUCAGAGUUACUUCAUAUGUUCUUCUCUUCGCAGAAAACAUCAAAAGGAAGACACGCCAGAGCCUCUCACUUCAACACCUCACCUUAGGAUUCGCGUGGAUCAUUAAACACUCACAGAAUCAAUCAUUCCCCAAGGAAAUAGCAUGCUUGACAAAGAAAUCUGACAUUCCACCCCGCAGCCCUCUACAACCUCUUUGCCCCUUCAUCGACGAUCACGGAUACUUACGUGCCAAAGGACGACUACAGAAAGCCCCGCUUCUACUUUGCAGCCGACAUCCAGUCAUUCUGAACGCAGAAAACUACCCAAUACAACUCUUCAUGAAGCAAACACACGAAUUAAAUUCCCACUGUGGAAUGGAACACACCCGAAGCAUUCUUCAGCAGGACUUUUGGAUCAUAAGAUCACGCAAGCAUCUGAAGAAAACUAUUCGACAAUGCAUACCUUGCCGACGCCUUCGACUGGAACCAGUGAAGCCUCUGAUGGCAGAUCUACCCCUACAACGACUCCCUUUAUCGGAAAACAGUUACCCCUUCUACUCAAUAGGAAUUGACUUCUUUGGACCCUUUGCCACGCGGAACAACGACGAGUACAGUAAGCGAUACGUUCUCUUCUUCACCUGCCUCGUCACGCGAGCAGUUCAUUCAGAAAUAUGCCAGCAAGAUGACACAAACUCAACUCUACAAGCCAUACGCCGUUUCAUCGCUAGACGCGGUAAACCCAGGAUCAUCUUCUCUGACAACGGAAAAGCCUUCGUUGCAGCUGACAAGGAAUUACAGGAAAGCCUUUCUGAGAUUCAACACAGCAACGACUUCAACAAUCAAUGCCAAUUACUUGGAAUAACCUGGAAGUUCAACCCACCUGCAGCUCCUCACUUUGGUGGAUCAUGGGAACGCCCCAUAAAAACAUUUAAGAUUGCCUUCUACAAAGUCAUUGGAACACGGGCACUGGACGACGAAACUCUGUCAACCUUCACGUGCGAGGUUGAAGCUAUGAUGAAUUCUCGCCCGCUAACCCACGUCUCAUCAGACCCAACCGAUGACGAGCCCCUUACACCCAAUCACCUUCUACUAGGACGACCAACAAACAAUUUGCCUCCCGGAUUGUUUCUCCCUCGCCACACAACGGACAAGAAAACUUGGAAACAAGCGCAAGCCUUGAGUCAACAGUUCUGGAACAGAUACCUCAAAGACUACUUGCCAACCUUGACGACCCGAACGAAAUGGACAAAGCAAGUGGAAAAUCUUCAGCAAGGAGACCUUGUAUGGAUACUGGAAGACCUAACGCCUCGAGGUCUUUGGCCCCUGGGACGGGUACUUCGUACUUUCCCAGGUGCAGACGGAAUCGUUCGCUCCUGCGAAAUUAAAACUAGCAGGGGGAUUCUACACCGACCAGCAGUCAAACUCUCGCGAGUAUUGGACCACAGUAACAACUAG